AUGGAAUUCUACGAAACGUCCCCCUACUUCUUCCCCGAGCAGAGGCUUUAUGAGGAUGAGAACUACCUUCCUGGCCGGCUCCAGGGCUACGAGCAGCCCGGCUACGGGGAGCCGGCGGAGCUGGGGCUGUGCCCGGAGGGUCGGGGGGCGCUGGAGGAGCCGGGGCCCGGGGGACCGGACCACUGCCCGGGCCAGUGCCUGCCCUGGACCUGUAAGGUCUGCAAGCGCAAGACGGUGUCCGUGGACCGGCGGAGGGCAGCCACGCUGAGGGAGAAGCGGAGGCUCAAGAAGGUGAACGAGGCAUUUGAGGCCCUGAAACGUAGCACGCUCCUGAAUCCCAACCAGCGCCUGCCCAAGGUGGAGAUCCUGCGAAGCGCCAUCCAGUACAUCGAGCGGCUCCAGGCCCUCCUCAGCUCCCUCAACCAGGAGGAGCGGGACCUGCGCUUUCGCUCUGGGGCCCCCCAGCCCGGGGUGCCCAGUGAGUGUGGUUCCCACAGUGCCUCCUGUAGUCCGGAAUGGAGCACCGCCCUGGAGUUCAGCGGGAACCCCGGAGAUCCUCUGCUCCACGACGACUCCGCCGACGCCCGCAACCUACACUCGCUCACUUCCAUCGUGGAGAGCAUCACCGUGGAGGAUGUCUCCGCAGCCUUCCCUGGGGAGACCAGGACCAACUGAGGCUUAAGAUGCUGGGAGGACCACCCGGACUGCUGACGAGGGUGGUCCCAGGACCAAGAUUCUCUCUGCUGCCGUGGGGUCGGCCCUGACCCAUUUCCCUGGCCGAGCCUAAAGACAGUCAGCACUCCUGUCGCGCGGAUUGCUUUAUUGGGUUUGCCCGUGGCUCAGAGGCAGAAAUGGGCUCCUCCUGUCCUCUCAAACUGGAUGCCAAGUUCCAGGGCUAGUUUUUGCCUUCUCUGCAUGAAUAGAAAGACAGGGAAGCCAUCCUCUGGCCCCGCCACUGCCCCUUUCAUUCCAGCAGGGGAAAAGUCCCCCUUCCCUAGCCCCCUGCCCAAGAUUUCUGAACAAAGGCACUGGCAUCCAGGCUAGGCUGGGACAUCGGCCCUUUUCAUCUCCCUGCGGAGCCCUGCCCUACAUGCCCCAGACCUGGGCCCUCCCUGGGUCCUGCCCAGUGGAGCGGUGGGGGGCACUCUGCCUCACUGUCGCGGGGGCGGGCAAACUAUCGUAUUGUUGAUCA